GUUCAAAAUGUAGAUCUCAUCAAAUACUUCACAGCUGGGGAGUCCUGAGCCUGUAAAAGACUGUGGGAAGUCAGCACUCUUCCAGCUGGCAGAGAUGUGCCUUGCAUCAGAGGCGGUAAAAGUGAAAGAACCUGGGAAAGUGGAAGUGGAAACAUCGGUGGAUGUGAAAGCAGAAGCUCCAGAGGAAGUGAAAGUGAAAGAAUUGGAGAAGGUGAAUGUGAAAGACUCACAGGAAGUAAAAGUGGAAGAAUCUGAGAUGGUGAAAAAUCAAAAUGACGAAAAGACAAAAACUGAAGAGUUGGAGAAAGUUACAAAAUGCACUCACUUUACUGAUCCGGCAGCAGACAGCAGUCCUGUAGAGAUAAAUAAUAGUACCAGUGCAAAGGAUCUCACAUGCCAUUCUCAAGAGCUUUCACUUGCUGACUUUAAUACCCUGGGGCUGAGCAAACCAGAAAAGAUAAAAAAGAAAAAGAAAAAAAAUAAGCUGGACCGGCACACAAACGAAAAAUGCACCACCAAGAAGGCUUGUAAAAAGAGGCAGUCCUCUGAGUCGGACAUUGAAAGCGUCAUUUAUACUAUCGAAGCAGUUGCGAAGGGUGACUGGGGCGCCGAGAGACUCAUUGAAAUCCCCCGGAAGAAGGUCCGCCCUGCCUCAAACAUGAAGGGAAGUGUGUUGGACACAAAGUCACCAAAGAAAAAAGUAAAAUCAAAAGAGAAGAGAGCAUCAAAGGAGAAAUCCUUGGAGACCACCAAAGAAUCAAAGCCUCCUGACUUUCUUAGUAUUACAGCCAAUAUGGAGGCGCCUUGUGAGGUACCUGACAACAUAAAAGCAGAACCAUUGACCCCAACAGAGGAUGUGGUACCACAGAGUUUACCUGGACAGGUCAAAACAGCAGACAGUGACUGUAAUAAAAAGAUUGAAACCUGUGGUUCCAGGAAAUCAGAGCGAUCUUGCAAAGGUGCCCUUUAUAAGACUCUGGUGUCAGAGGGCAUGCUCACGUCCCUGCGUGCCAAUGUGGACAGAGGUAAACGAAGCUCAGGAAAAGGCAACUCCUCAGACCAUGAAGGAUGCUGGAAUGAAGACAACUGGGCCUUUUCCCAAAGUGGGAUGAGUGGAAGUAAAAAGCUGAAAAAAACUAAGCCAAAGGAAGAAUUCGUUCUGGGUUUAGCAAAAUUGGAAGAAGAAUUUGAAAAAAAAUUCAACAGCCUCCCUCAGUACAGUCCCAUUACGUUUGACCGGAAAAGUGUAUCUGUUCCAAGGAAAAAGAAGAAGGUUGGAAGCUGUCCAGCAGAACAACCAAAAUCUAACAAAGCCAUACUUGCAGAAGACAAAAACCCCAGUGAGCCUGCACGGAAGAAUAAAACUUCUGUAUCUGUCCCAAAUACUCCAGAGCCAGCACUGCUGCAUGAACCCUUGGUUGGUAGCCAAAAGAGGAAAGCGAGGAAAACUAAGAUCACACAUCUUGUUCGGACAGCAGAUGGCCGAGUGUCACCAGCAGGAGGGGCUCAAGAGGAAAAACCAAAGGAGCUACCACAGAGUAGUCUCCAAAAAACAUCAAGUGCGGAGACCGAUUGCAACGACAAAUGCUCAAGAAGUACAGAAGCAGAGGACACUCAUAGUAUUACGCCAGGCAUGCCAACUGUGUCUGCAUUCUUUAGCUUAGCUGCCCUAGCAGAAGUAGCAGCAAUGGAAAAUGUACACAGAAGUCAGAGGGCAGCGCCUCUCCCACGUGACGGUCAGCCAAAAGAAAUGUCUCAGGCUCCGGUGCUUAUUUCCUGCGCCGACCAGUGAAGCUCCACCUUAUUGUAAAACAUUGUGCUUUACCUAAUAUCCUAGCCUUGUCUUUACCAAGGGAAGCUAGUCAGUCCAUAUGAUGGAAAAUAUAGACUUGCAAACAAGUGCUUAUUGCUGUGAGUGGCCCAGAUUUCACUUGAAGCCAGAAGUUAGCAACUUGGGCCAAGUCCUCCAAUUGGAACCCAGAAUCUAGGAAGGUGGUGUUAUUUGUCUAAUAAUGAAAAGAAAUGGAAUGAUCCUGGAGCUUGCUUUCUAUUGAAGGCUUUUAAACAGUAAACAGGUGGUUUGUGUGAAAAAGGCUGCCUUUACAGUAGCUCACACAGCAUCUCUUCUAUCAACCAGAGGGUAUGGAAACUAGUUUCAUAUAAUACCUAGUUAUUCUAAACAAAAAUACACACAAAAAAAAACAAAAAAACACUGACGCACUGCACUAGUUAGAUAUUCUUAGUCAUUAGAUAUUCUUAGUCAUUUUUGUACAUGAAGAUUUAAGUUCUAAGAUGGUUUAUAUAAUAGGUUAUGCCUACAUUUAUAUUGUAGAAUGAAUUUAAAAACCUGUUCUGGAGAACUCAAGGCAGCAUGGACAGAUGUACCAUUGUUAGCGGUGUUAGCUCAACCAUGUGGUCCAGAUGUUCUGCACUUUUAUAUUUGCCACCACAGUGGUAGAGUUUACUGGCAAAAAUUCUGACAGGCUGUGUUUGAUUUUGUUGUUUGUUCAUUUUUUUAAUUUAGCAUUGAAUAACUAGAAUGAUUUGCAUUAGAAAAAGGAGUGGCAUAUGGGAAGGAACAAUACUGCAGAUUAUGGACUGGUCUUCCAUGCAUUGGAGGGUUCCUUUAUUCUGCACCGAGGUCUAAAUGACUGAGUGAAAUGGUCAUGUAAACAAAAAAAAUUACUACAAAUACAUUGUUCAGAAGUGACCUUAGUAUUACUUCACUAUUCUAAAAACCUUGAAGACAUGACUUCAGUAAACAUGCACACUGUUAUACAUACCUUUUACAUUUGACAGACACUGGAAUUGUUGUAAUUACUAUGCACAAUCUAAAUUGGCUUUGUAGAUUGUAUAAAAAGAGCCAGUUAUAGUUUGUGUUGGUAAAGUGGUAAGUUGUAUGCAAGUAAACCAGGAUUGAAGAAUAAUGUUUGACGAAAGUUAGGUUAUCAAGCAGAGAUCCACCUGCCAGUUCCUGUCCUUGCUUUUGUUUUCUUUAUGUAUUCUGCUCUCAUAAAUACAUCCCAGAAGCCAGCACCAAGUGUAUCACUUGGACUGUAUCUUCACUAUAUUGACUUAAAAUAUUUCAUAAGCCAGGUGGUUGUUUCCUACCAACAGAUGCAAAAUGAUUACUAGAAAUUAAUCUGAAGCUACAACUUCAACAGGGUACUUCUUUCAUAGCACAAGAUGUUUCCCUACGUUUUGCGUCAUAGCACAAAGAUUUACCAAAUUGGACCCCAGCAAUAACUUUCUAUUAGUCUUCUUCAUACUGGCUGAAGUUUUGAUAGUAUUAGGUUGAGUUUGAAGCUCUUGAAUUAAGUCUUUAAAUAAUGAGAGUUUACAUGGUUCUAUCAGGCAUUCUUAUUUAUACUUGACUGAAUUGAUGUGUUUUUUUGGGGUGGGGAGGGAUUUGUAAUUCUGAUUUGAUGUAAUAGCCAUAUGGAAAGUAACUCUAUUAAUGGUUGCUAGAUUUUAGACUUUUGUUGCUGUAGAUAAGUGCAGAUCUUCAGUUUAAAUGUUGGGAAAUGCUAUACAACAUACCACACAAGUUGUAACAAAUGAUGAAGUAUUGAUAAAAAGCAGAUAGCUUGGAAAAUAUGAUUAAAAUACAUGUAAAAUAUCACCCUCAAAGAUGCUGGAGGAAGAUAUGUUGGCGGAAGGGUAGAAAAAGGAAAUAAACUUUAAUAGUAAUAAGAGAGUUAAAAGGCUUUUUAAACUUCAGGUAGAAAUAAGAUUGGUUAAAGAGCCCCCUAUUAUGCCAUUGUAGCAUGUGGCAAUAUUUUUAAUAAAACUUUAUUAACGUUUUCUAAAUUAUUUUAACAAAACAGAAAAACUGUCAACAUUUAAAACUGUUGGGUCACGGUGAGGUGGCUAUUAGCGUUUUGGACCACUUUAUAAAUUAUAAUUAGCUGAAAUCCAAAUAUUGUAUGGUGCAGGCCGUUCACCUUGACAAUGGUACUAACUUAUUUCUCUAGAACCCACUAGAGUAGAUAUAUUUUUGCCAGAGCAUCCCAUCAUUCUUCAAUUUGAAUUUCAGUAUUGUUCCUUAAGAUAUUUCUGUAUAUUAAUGGUACCUUUUUUAAAAGAAAAAAAAUUACUUUUUUCUAUAUGAAUCAAUAUCUUAUUGAUCUGCUUUUCCUUAGAGAGGGGUUGGGGCUGGGUCAAUUUACUGAAUAUGACUGUUUUCAGAUACUUAAAAACCUUUUUGUAGAUAUGCUUAAUUUUUAAGCAGUUAGGCACUGAGAGUAGCAGAAAUCCUGCAAAGCUUUAUAGUUCAUUAGGCACUUGCCUUCGUUGGUUCUCGGGGUGAUGUCUUGAUUUCAGUAGCAAGAAUUUUCCCUGAAUCUACUGGAAAGGGUAGCAGUAUUUUCAGGUAACAAAAUUGGUUAGCACAAGAAAAUUUCAGACCAACAUUUUACUGUAUUGGGUUUGUUUUUGUUUUUUAAUUUUUAUUAUUUUCAGUUGCUUUGAUUUUGGAAAAUCGGAUUGCUGUGGUAUGUACUUCAGCAUACCAGCAAAUACUUUCACCCAUUGACAUAUGUCCACAAAUGCUUCUAGAGAAGAAAUUGUUGCACCUUAUGUAUAUCUCAAGCAAACCAAAAUAUGAUGCUUUUCUGCUUUGUUUAUUCUAAUUAUGUUGUAUCAUUCGUUACUGAACUCAUUCUCACGUAGCUAAACCUGUUGAUAUUUUUGCAUUUAAACUUAAUUUCUGGAUCUGAACCUAUGUAUAAAUCUUUCUUUUAAAAAACAAAAAGCAGUUAUCCCAGUCCUCUCUGAAUUCUUGAUGGGAGUGAGGAAUCUUGUCUCAAGUGUAAAAUGCAGAACUGUUCCAGUUUUUUCUUUUGCUUUUAUUUAUUUGGUGAUCUUUGAUAUUUUAUGUGUAGUUUUGAGGUAUACAAAGUGUAUUAUAGUAGCUAAAGCUACAGACAUAAGCAGCUGGGAGAAAAAUACUGUAAUGUUUUUAUAAUUGUUUCAGUACUGUAAAUGAUACAGGAAGAAUGUUCUGCAGAGCAUUUAAGAUGCAGGUUCUGAUCCCCACGUUGUUUUAUAGUCCAGAUUAGACCAAAAUUGAUCAAAAACGGUAUGGAGAUUAAAUCAUGCUGUUGUAAUUAUGGCAGUAUUUAUCCCUUGAAUGUGCUGUAAUUCCAGACAUCAAAUAUAUUUAUUUAAGAUGCUUGAAUGCUCUUUUAUACUAAUUCAGUGUCCCAAAGUCAUGAGCAAAGAAUUUGUUGUUAGUUUCAAUUCCCAGUUUAUAGUGCCAGUGCAUGAGUUUUGAAAUAGAAAAUAAACAUUGGGUUGGGAAAGGAAGCAGGGACAAGGGAUUGACAGAACCCUAUGAGCUGGUAUUUAAAUUUCAACACUUUUGUCAUUUCCCGCCUUAUUUAAUUGAGUGACAUUCUGUCUAUGUAGCAUGAAACUGGUAGACACAGUGCAGUCUUUGACUCUGUAUUGCCACUUUGCAUCCAUGUAGAAACCCAAGAGAGUUGUAACUUGCCCCAGAAUAAGGACAUACAUUAAUCUGGAUGACAUCUCUAGUGAUAAAGGGGGCAUCUUUUAGUAUGAGGCAUUAAUGUGAACCAGUUCUAAAAUGUGCUGCCUGUUUAGCUACUGGACAAAUAUUGGAAUAUGCUCUGAAGCCAUAAACUUGAGACAGUUAAGAGGGUGUCAAAGAAAAGACCUCUUCUCAGCAUGGUGAAAUUAUGGCAACAAAGGAGAGGUAAAAGGCUUUACAUUCUGUAAAAGAAAAAAAUAGGAUGAUAAAUAAUUCAUUGGGUUUGCAUGAUGCUCUUGUGUACAGUGAUUGUUGGCUGCACCUCCCCAGAUGAACACUAAUUUUAAUAGGGUUUCCUCUACUAAAAGGCUCCUUUCUUUGACUUCCAUUUGCUUUCCAUUUUCAUUUUAAAUGGAAUGUAAUCUGUUCAGCCAUCAAUGCCAUUUUUAUAUCAUGGUAUGUUUUAAUUUCCAAGAACAAUAUUUAUACAAAGGGAACAGUGUGACACAAAAUAUACAGUGAAAGCUGUACUGUUUAUAUUGCUGUUAUGCUUUUGACUUGUCAUAGUCAUAUAGAUUGUCAGACAUUGUCAUUUAGCUCAUAUUGGUUCAAUAAGAUGGUUUUUGUGACAACAGAAAAUGUAGAGCUCAUCAGGUGAUUAACUUCAGAUAUUCCCAAAGGAAAUGCAGUAAUCCAAAAGCUGCUUUUAAUACUUAGUGGGUUACAUUCACUAUAUCAUGCUUUCACCUGAAAACAUAAUUGUGCAACUCAUAUGUCAUAAACCAUGUUUUAUCCAUUAGACAGUCUUUCCUGUGCUUGUUAGAUUGUAGAGUUUCUAGAUACCUUUGUCACAUUUUGUAAUAUUUCCAGCAUUAAUUCUUUUUACCUUGUACAUGUGUGAAAGAGUCAUCUACAACUGUCGGAAUAUUAAGUCAUUUCAGGACAUACAGAGCUGUAAAUUAAUGCAUUUAGGCUGUGGCAGAGAAGUUUGCCUUUUCCCCUCAAUUCCCCAAUAAAAAGUCACAGCGAGGUUUACACUUCUCAAUUAAAUACCAAGUUAGUCUUGCAAAUUUUCUAAUAAUUAAAUUUACAUCUUUGAAGAAGAUUGUAGAGAGGGGACACUGUACCUUAAACUUGUCUGCAGCUCAUUAAGGCAGCGAUCCAGAGAGUCCCAAUUCUAUGCCCUAAUUCAACAAAGUAUGUAAAUUCAAACUGACUAAACUCUUCAGCACGUGCUUAAAUGUUAAGCAUGUGUUUGUGUGCUGUCCUGAUUGUCAAUGUUUCUGUGAACUGGAGCCUUAAUUCACAUUGGACUUUAAACAAAUACUAACAUUUUAACAUUCAUUAAGAUUUUCCAGAGAAUUAUUUUCUAAUUACUGGAUUCUAAUUGUGUUAUCAAGUACCAUGUAGAAACUCUCCAUAUGCUUCUGUGGAAAAAGAUGUUACCUCACAAUCCGUAAUAGAAAUUACUUGGCUAAACGUGCCUCCUCAAAUAACACUCUAAUUCUACCCUUUUUACUCACAGAAGUAAAACAAUCUCCCUUCCCUUCCCCCUCUUCAAUCCCCCAAAUCAUCUUCACACCAGUAGCUGGAACUUUGAAAGUGACCAAAGAAAUGUAUGUAAUGCAGAGCAGUGACCUGCAACUUUUUCUCUAUGAACUAAGUAUUUUACACUCGGAAGUUCAACUGUAAGACAGCCUGAAGUUUCUCACACUGUCUUAUGAACUUUAUUUUCAUAGGUUUCAAUAUUUCCCUUACAUAUCAUAUGGUAGGAUGAGAUUUUUCAAAGUGUCUAAAGUGAAUAAGGAAUACAAACCCCAUUGAGCUACUCACUUAGCCACAUUAGAAAAUCCUACCCCUAAACAGAGUUUGCUUUGGCCAUCAGGUCUUUCAGUCUAUCAAGAGCUGAAACAUGACUGAAUUUCUAUUGUCUGUUUUCAUAGGGCCUGAUCCUUCAACCUUUAUUCUCACACAUAAUUCCAUUGACUUCUGGUCCGUAAUUUGUCUUUAUUUGCUCUAAAGUUUGAUGUAAACAUGUUUUGUGGUAAUUAUUUCCAUUCAGUGGUCUAAUAGCGCUCUUGCCUUCUUAGAUUAAUAAUCACAUUUAUAAAAUACCUUUCCUCAAAAACUUAUACCUAAUUUGAUAUUUUUUUAAAAUGCACAUGUUAAUUCAUGUGUCUAACAUGCUAAAGUACAUUAACUGUGAUCAUGAAACUGAAUAAAAUAUUUGAAAACAACCUUUCAAAUAGAUUACUUUAUAUUUACUCUAUUUUAGCUAUCCAAUAUGUACUUGUAAAUAAUUUCCCAUUUUAAAUUAAUGGAUUCAAAUAAAUACUUUAAGAAAGUUGAGCUUUUUUUGAUAUUUCACCUGUGCUUGUUUAUCUUAAUGUGACUAAUGCAGUAAUUUAUUAGUCUGGCAGUGAAUGAAUUCUACUAAAAUUCAGAUUGUUUUUUUAAACUGAAAAAUCUUGUUAGCCUCCUGAAAAAACAGGUUAUUCAGAAGCAUAAACUGAACUAGAUUGUCCAAACUGCGUGCUAUAAUUUCUGUUUUCUUUAAAACCAACAACGUAACUACUCCAGUAGUCAAUCGAAAAUAUGUUGGCUGGGAGUGGUGUUGUUUUAAAUAGUUUUGUUGUUACGCAGAAAAUAUGCCCAAACCAGCAUAGUUUAGACUGCUUGUUUUGACACGCUGAGC